AUGUCGAAAGAUCAACAAUCUUUGCUGUCUUCGGAACAAAAUUCACUACUGCCAUCGACAACUGUAAGCGGCUAUUUUGACAACUGUACCUCAAGCGUUACAGGUGAACUAAAUUGCCCGACCGGACCGAACGAAUUGAGCGGAACAAAAUAUAAAUUUUUCUAUAACCGUCUGUACAAAUGUUUGUGCUUUUUAGAAAGUGAGAAUCGGAAAUUAUUACAAGCGGUACAAAACAAGGUCCGUGUUACCGGUGAACCUAAACGUCUGGAAGAUCUACUCGAUGAGUUCGCUUUCAAGGUGGCGAGUAAAAAAGAGGCAUAUGAAACCUCCCUUACAGCUCAAGCGACUUCCGAAGGUCAGCAAGCGUUCAUGGCAAAACGAUGGAAAAUGCGCUACCAUAAUCUGUUAGACUUAGCCCAAAUGUUUGAGAAGAAAUUGGAACAAAUUAGACAAAACAAAACAAAGUCAUCGUCUGUUGAAGAACCAGAAGUUAAUGCAGAAUUUUUUGAUGAGGCACUCACAUUGCCCUGGAAUUCGGACGCCGAGUUCGAACAAACAUUGCAGGAUGCUGUCGACGAUCUGGCCUGUGACCAGGAACGCGAAACCGGACGUCGAGCUACUACUUAUGAAUUUAAUGACUUUACCAUACCCAUCUCGAGUGUGUUCAUUCAAGAUUUACUGGCUAAUCACAAUCGUUGCGUAGAACAAAUAAACAAUCAGAAUGAGAUCAAAUGUCGAUUGUUUCAUGUGCUCAAAAAGACUAAAGAACAACGGAACCAGCUGAAGAAAUAUGUGAUGGAACAGGAAAGUGAAAUCCAAUUCAUGGAACGAAGAAUUGAAGAAGUUGAGGAGGCCGUACAACGACGUGACAACGCUUGUGCGAGAGACAGUUCGAGGAAGUCGCGUAGUAAGAAAUCGGAUGCCGAGUCCGGUUCUCGAGCUAACACACCGGAAGUUAUUCCCCGGGAAACCUCUCAAGAACGUGAGGAGAUGGAAAAACUAAAAGCGGAAGUCAAGCUAUUGGAGUAUCGCAAACGGGAAUUGGAAGGUAUGCUGGCCGAAGAGGAACAACAACGACGUCGAUUGUCCAAGCGUUUGCAGGAUUUGGUCGGAACGAUUCACGUCAGUUGUCGUAUACGACCACAUCCAGAUAAUUAUCUACAAGUGAUCUCAGACGAUAAACUACUUUUUCCUAAAUCAUUACCCAUGACCACUGGCAAAACAAACAGCAUCAGCCAUACAGGGGCGGAUCAGAUGCGAUGUUUCAUAUUUGAAAAAGUUCUCGGUCCGGAAACCGGACAUUAUGAGAUAUUUAAAAAACUAGGACAACCGAUAACUCAAUGUCUGGACGGACAUAACUUGUGUGUUAUGACCUAUGGACCGAAGAAGAGCGGGAAAUCAUUCACCAUGUUUGGUAGCGGAUCCGCGCCGAAGCCGGGUGAUGGUACAGAGGUUACCAAGGGUAUUGCGCAGGAUGCAGUGCAUUUGCUUCUCUCUCUGGCCAGACAGCGCACUGCUUGGACUUAUGAGAUCCAUGUGGGUGCAUUAUCCGUGAACGACGAAGGAGCGACAGAUCUGCUGAAGGAUAACAAAUAUUCCUUCAUGAAAACAGUAAUGUCACCUGCGAAUUUGAUUGACGAUGACGAAAUCAAAGCACAGCAUCGGGCGGUUGAACUGAAGUUGGGUUUUGAUUUCGAUAAUCUGGUCCAUUCGGUUAGAGAGAGCCAAAUGAAAAAACCAGGACAAGCCACACAUUUAAUUAUCAAACUAUCGAUUGAAGGUUAUCAAAAAUCGGCGAAAGAAACAACAGUCCACUCGACCGUAUUGCUGGCUGAUUUGGCCAGUUGGGAAAAACGAUACAGCACAGAUGAGCUAGAACUGGUCACAUCCCAGGCUACACCAGUGGUUGAAUCCAACAUUCCGGUGCAGCCGACCACGCCCAAACAUAGCACAGGUGUGAAUCAGUCAUUGCUUGCUUUGUCCCGUGUUUUUACCGCGUUACGAAAGCGGAAAGUGCCAGCAUUCAAGGAUUCCCUACUCACUCAGUUGCUGAAACCGGUUCUCACAGGCGAUUCGAAAUGUUUUUUAAUCAUCACAAUCAAUUCCGAUCCGAAUGAGUUCACCUCCACUCUGGCUAGUUUACAAUUUGCACAGAAUGCCAUGCAAGCAACCACUAAAUUGGUAGCAGAUCACCGGCUGAAAAAGCCACGCAGUCCGAACCAGGGUGAAAGUGUGUCUAAAUAG